GUUAACAAAUAGGCUUAAGCUGUUCUCGGGUGGGGGAGUGUUGCCAUUUGUCACUGCCGAAGCUCUCCACUUGCAGAGCACCUGCUGUUACUCUCGCUCGCGAUGGCGCCCUGCUCACCCUUGGGCGUCCUGUCCGUGUCGCUGGUGACUCUGAUCCUGGGCCUCGGACUGGGACUGGGUCUGAAACUGCAGGACUGUCAAGACCAAGUGGCACCGCUGCAGACGUGCAGGAACCGCUGCUACCAGCCGUAUGACGACACCACCCCUGGCUGCAGAUGUGACGACGCCUGCCAGGGGAGUGGGACUUGUUGCCAUGACUACCACGACCUUUGCAAAGCCCCUGGUGAACUUUGGGAGUGCACGCGUCUGCGCUGCGGCGAGACGAGGCUGUCCACCAGCAGGUGUCACUGUUCGGACGACUGCGCCGCAAAUUCGGACUGCUGCAGCAACUACCGACACAUCUGCCGGGGCGAGCCCGAAUGGGUGGAAGACGAGUGCGACAACCUGUCACGCCCCUUCUGUCCGCCAGGCUUCCAGCGCCAGCCGCUGCUUCUGGUGUCUCUGGACGGCCUGCGAGCAGACUACCUGCGCCUUUGGAGCCCGCUCAUCCCGGUUCUCAGCAAACUCAAAAAAUGUGGAACGUCGACACCUUAUAUGCAGUCAGCCUUUCCCACCAAGACUUUCCCCAACCACUACAGCAUUGUCACGGGUCUGUAUCCUGAAUCCAACGGUUUGAUUGACAACGUGAUGUACGAUCCUGUGAUGGAUGCCAUUUUCACCUUGUCGAGUCCGGAGAAGGAGAACCCUGCAUGGUAUCUAGGACAACCGGUUUGGCACACUGCAAAGUAUCAGGGCCUAAAGUCUGGAACCUUCUUCUGGCCCGGAUCGGACGUAAAAAUAAAUGGAAGCUUCCCAGACAUCUACCGGCCAUACGACGGGAAAAUCCCAUUCGAGGAGCGAGUCCUGACAGUGUUGAAGUGGCUCCAGCUGCCGGCCGCUCAAAGACCGGACUUCUACACCCUCUACCUGGAGGAGCCAGACAAAUCGGGACACAGCUUCGGUCCUGUCAGCGGGGGGGUAGCGCAGGCCAUUAAAGGCGUGGACAAGAUGAUCGGUCAGCUGAUGAACGGACUCAAGCAAACGGGACUUCACCGCUGCGUCAACGUCAUAGUGGUGGCUGAUCACGGCAUGGAGGAGACCAGCUGCGACAGGAAGGAAAACCUGCAGGAGUUUCUGGGCCACGUGGAUGACUACCUCGCUACCGAGGGCUCCUUUGGACGCAUCCGGGCCAAGAACGGCGACUGUGAGUUGGAUGCAGCUGGCAUUGUUGCCAACUUGACGUGCAAGCGUGCGACGCAGAAGCUGCGGCCGUACUUGAAGUGGCACCUGCCCAAACGGCUUCACUUCACCAACAGCCGUCGUAUUGAAGAUGUCAAUGUGCUGGUGGAGCCAAAAUGGCUGCUGGAAAGGCUUCCAGGCUCGCUGCGCUUCUGCGACGGCGGUCAGCACGGCUACGACAACGAUGUGGCCAGCAUGCACGCUAUGUUCGUUGCUUACGGGCCAAAGUUUGUCUCUCGCACGGAAGUGGAACCCUUCGCCAACAUCGAGCUCUACAACCUCAUGUGCGACGUGCUGCAGAUCUCACCAGCCGCCAACAACGGCACGCACGGCAGCCUGAACCACAUGCUGCGACAGCCCUUCUACUCGCCCACGCCCCUGCCAGAGCGCAGCGCACCCGCCGAGUGCCGCCUUAGCAGUCUGCAGCCGCAAGACCCGCUGGGCUGCUCCUGCCCCAGCAUGAGCGUGGACGCUGUCGAGACCGCGAACCGUCGCCUCAACAUGACAUCCGCUCAAGAAGCGGCGGCGCGACGCAAACACCUGAUGUUCGGCCGGCCACGCCUGCUGAGGCCCGGGGAACGCUACUGCAUCCUCCACCAGGAGGCGUUUGUCAGCGCCUACAGCCGUGACCUGAAGAUGCCGUUGUGGAGUUCUUUCAACAUGGACGCACCGAGCAACUCUGAGCCGCUGCCGCCCAUCGGGGCGGACUGCCUGCGGGCCGACGUCCGGAUCCCCCCGUCUGACAGUCGUGGUUGUGAGGACUAUGGCCACUUCACCCGUGCCUUCCUCUACCCGCCUGGUCUGACCCUGAAGGAGGCGGAGCGCUAUGACGCCCUGCUGAGCAGCCACAUGGUGCCCAUGUACCCGCAGUUUCACAGGAUCUGGACGUACUUCCAGGGCAUGCUGCUCAAGAAGUACGCCGGCGUCUACAAUGGCAUCAACGUGCUAACUGGCCCCGUCUUCGACUACGACCAUGACGGACGCCGCGACCGACCCGAGCUCAUCGAGCGGUGGGCAACCCCGGGCAACGUGUCUGUGCCCACACAUUACUUUGCCGUGCUGAGCAGCUGCCGCAACGCCAGCCGCCCGCUGCCAGAAUGUGAGGGAGCGCUGCGCGCCGUCGCCUUCCUGCUGCCUCACAGAGCCGACAACUCCGAGAACUGCCAGAGCGACAAAGACGAAGCUUCCUGGGUGGAAGAUCACAUUUGGUUCCACCAAGCUCGCGUGCGAGACGUGGAGUGGAUCACAGGACUGGAUUUCUACCAGGAGAGUAACAGACCACUCCCUGAGCUCCUGCGACUCAAGACCCGCCCCACAGCUGCCAAUCAAAAGCCAUAACCAAGACAGGGAUUGUCUUUUUUGGCUUCACUGUGUGCAAAUGUCACUACAGUCAAUAAAGUUUUGAGGCACAGGCUGACAAAGAGUC